CGCAUCCCCACCACCGUGCCACCCAAUCAACCUACCUAGCCCCAGCCGGAGAUAGCUAGCAUGGCGAACUGAGAAGCCUGCGGUUUUGAUAAUUCAUCUUGUUUUUUUUUCCUUGUUGGCGUUGCUGUUGUUGGAAUUUUGUUUCUGUUGUCUUCUUGAUUCCUCCUUUUUUUUCGCAGUCGACAAAUCAAAAAGAAUACGUGUCCAAAGAGCCCCCAAAGACGAUCCGACCCUACCAACACGUGUGCGCGCGCGCUCGCACGCACACACGCCCAACCCCUCAGCAGGACUCUACGAGAAGCCAAAGCCGUCCGUCCGUCCGCCCCCGGCCGGCGCCGUCCUCGUCUCCUUGCCCGACCGAGCCGCGCAUGAGCUCCGGGAGCCUCGGCUUGAUAUACCGACCCACAUAACCUACCCUCCCUACCUACCCUAGGUACCUUAUCCGUCCGUCCCGGGCAAGAGGGGUGUGGGUGGCAAAGACACAACAUCAGCCCGACAAAGCCAGAUAUCGCCCACCCACCCACUCACCCACCCAACCAACCAACCAACCAACCCCUCCGCGACCAUGGCGAACGAGCAGAUAAACGUGCCGUCCCUGAUCCUGGUCCUGGUCUUCUCGGGCCUGGUGCUGCGGUACUUCUUCUCGUCGCCGGGCGGCGGCGGCGAGGGCGGCAGCGGCGGCAGCCAGUCCGGGUCGGCGGCCACGACGGGCGCCGGCGCCAGGAGAGGAGGCGGCAACAACGGCCCCGUCUCGCGCGAGCGGGAGGCGGCCGUCGAGAGGAUACAGCAGAUGUUCCCGCAGGUCGACCGGCGCACCGUGCUAUGGGACCUGCAGCGCAACGGCGGCAACCUGACCGCCACGACGGACCGCAUCCUGGCCGGGAGGCUGGAGACGCCGCCCGUUUCCUUCCAGCCGCCCCCUUCCCCCACGCCGCCGCCCUCAGCCCCUGCGGCUCCCUCCGCCGCGGCCGGCGCGCAGCCGGACCUAAUUACGAGAUACAACCUCCACGACAAGGUCGCGACGUCCUCCUCACCCGCCGAGGACGCCGCCGGCAGCGGCAGCGGCGGCAAGGGCGGCAAGGCGUGGAGCUCGAGCCGCGACGAGCGGCAGGCGCUACUGCAGAAGAGGAGAGACGACAUGAUCCUCGCGGCCAGGAGGAAGAUGGAGGCCAAGCUAGCUGCCGAGAAGGCUGCCGGCGGCUCCGCAUGAAAGAGCGAAAGAGAGAGAGAGAGAGAGAGAGAGAGAGAGAGAGAGAGAGAGAGAGAGAGAGAGAGAGAGAGAGAGAGAGAGA